GUUGUGCCAUCUCUAUCGUUUUGCCAUCGCAUCCCUGGAAAGUAUUUUGGUAAAUUACCAUGUCUGCGGCCACAAAAUUACAUAAAACGAGCUGGUGCGCCCUUCGGCAGCUCCAACAAUACAGAACCAAGACCAACUUCAGCGCUUCGAUAGCCAAGCGGAACGACUUGUUCAACCAGGAGCAGCGCCGUCAAAGAGAUGCAGUGGGCCGUAUUGAUAAGAUCGAGGUUCGGUAUCUCGGACUUCCCGAAGAUGUCACUCUGGUGAUGAACAGCAACAUCUCCACGCCCUUCAAUUGUGCCCAGCACCUGAGUGAGGGACACUGCAAGCGCUCGGCGCUGGCCCUGAUUGACGGCAGUGUGCCCUGGGAUAUGCACAGACCCUUGCAGGAAUCCUGCACCCUGCAGCUGCUCAACUUCCAUGUUUCCGAGCCGCACGUGGUCAACAAAGCGUUUUGGCGCACUUGCAGUUUCAUGUUGGGAGCCGCCCUAAACCGGGCUUUUAAACCGGAAGCCAAUCUGCAGCUGCAUAGCUUCCCUGGACCCAACAUUAAAUCGGGCAGCUUUGUCCAUGAUAUUGUGCUGCAGACCCAGACAUGGCAGCCCUCGAAGGAGGAGAUGCGCGCCAUUUCGGCGGAGAUGGUUAAACUGGCCGCACAGGAUCUGCGCAUAGAGCGCUUGGACGUGCAGCAGGAUCUCGCUCAGGAGAUGUUCAAGGAUUCCAAGUACAAGAGCGAGCAGUUACCCAGCAUUGCACAGCAGACCCAAGGAAGAGUGACCUUAUAUCGAAUGGGUGAUCACAUUGACAUCUCACGUGGUCCGAUGGUUGGCUCCACUGGCUUCCUCGGCAAAUGCACCAUCUCGGCGGCCCUCAAAGUUGCAGAGGAAGGCCCAGCAAGUGCCUUCUAUCGCAUUCAGGGUGUAGCUCUGCCCGCUGGCUUCCAGCUGAACCACGUGGCUUUUGGCAUACUGGAGGAGCGAUCGAAGAAACCUAGCCCCGCACGUCUGCCCAACGAACCUUUUGAGGAACAACAACAACAACUGCAAUUAUCUUAAAACGUUCUUUAAUAUUUAGAACUAUACAAUAAGUGUUUAAAGGUAAAUCAAUAAAGAGCGUCAUUGUUUGUUACAAAAACAUAAA